AUGGAUGGUGAUCGUGGCAAUCGUCAACCAGCUCCCAUAAUGAUCGUAGCACUCAUCAUCAUGUUCACAACUCUCAAACCAAUUCUCACACAACCAACAUUUCUCAUCGCAUCCUCAUAUCCAAAACCAGAAACGACGUCGGAAGAAGCCGAGUUCCUAGUCCAACAACUAGCAACAAAGACGUUCUGGCUGUUCAAUAAUUUAGCGUUCGCGUUUGCUUUCGCAGCUGCGGUGGGUCAUGUCGUGGCUCACGGCUCGAGUGACGUGGCAAACCGGAUGAAGAGAGGCGAAAGAUUCUCCCUGAUGCUUGUGUUGCUCGCUCUGCUCUUCAGGUCGAUUUCCACCAAGUGCGUUAUGGUUGUUAGGAUGAGUCCUCUUUCUUCGUUGCUCUCUGCUUCUCUCAUUGACGGACUGUUUCUUCUCGUAAAUCUCUUUGUCUUCUCUGACGUGUUAGUGUAA